AUGAUUAUUCCAAUACGUUGUUUUUCAUGCGGUAAAGUUGUGGGUGACAAAUGGGAAACUUAUUUAGAGUUGUUGCAAGAUGAAUCCAUGCCAGAAGGUGAAGCUUUAGAUAAACUACAAUUAAAGAGAUAUUGUUGUAGAAGAAUGGUGUUGACUCAUGUCGAUUUGAUUGAAAAAUUUUUGAGGUAUAAUCCUUUGGAAAAGAAGGAGAUAAAUUAG